AUGCCACCCGUUCUCUCACUCACAUCCGAUGCCCGGUCAUCGUCAUUAGACCUUCCAACGUACCUUUCAUCUCUCACCUUUGCCGAAAGACAAGCUCUCGACGCCCCGUCAGAUUUCCUCCAGAACACCAAAAGAAGCCACACCACAUCAACACUCCAGUCACUCGCCUCAAGAUCCUUGACUGCACGCGAUGCAGCCCAUACCACGCACAUCAACCCCAAAGCGGGUGGCGUGGACCCCAAUGCAAUAAACAUGAAGGGCGUCCAGGCUGCUUUCGCUCUCAUCGGCGUCGGAUUCGUUGUCUUGAUCAUCUGGUUCUUCUUCUGGGCGAAGAACGGCGGAUUUCAGUGGAAGAAGAAUGAUUGGGAAGAGUACAAGUCGACAGUCUUGAGACGGAAGGGACCCAAUGGUACUACACUCAGUAAUGCAACAAAGAGCACAAAACUAGGUGGCGGUAGCGUCGUCGGUCAAGGCUACAGUGACGACGGCGCAUCUUGGACGGGUACAGAAAGCGUGACCGAGAUGUCCUCAGAAGCACCGGUCAUGAAGGAGAAGAACAAAGCACGCAGCAAGAAGGCAGGAGCGAAGGAGGCCAAGAUCCGUCAGGUGCAAGAGAGCCGAUGGGAAGGUGGUCACGACGACGAUAUGCGUGCCUACCGACACGAGAAGCCUGCCAAAGUUGGUGGCAUUAACCGGGAAUCAGAGGCAAAGUUCUACGGCACAGAUUACACGGCGACAAAUGCAUCCGAGACCCGCUCGAACGUUCGGCGAGACUUCUCAUAUGGUCAGGAAAGCGACUUCUCUACUCCCCAGCACGAGCCUCAACCACCCAGACCACCUCGUCAUGCAUCUCCGAGCAAAGCCAGAGUCAACCGACAGAGUGUGCCAGGCAGCUACGCUGAGCCAUUGGACUUCUCGGAUACUCAAAGCCAGAACACAAAAAGCUACCAUCACCCCAUUCCAGGUCUCGGCAAGAACGCAAACGGAGGCUUCAGACGGAACAGAGACGAUCCAUUGGCCGACUGA